UUACGCCUCUUACCCUUUAUCUGAGAUACCGGCGGAUUUUGCCAGCCUCCUCGAAUUCUUCUUACCUUUUGUCCUGCGUUACACGCCGGGGAAAGGAAUUCUGGGAUCGUGUGUUAUGCUGAUGCAAAAUGUUUUUAAGAAGUAAAGAAGUUGUAAAACAGUGGAUACAAGUGUAUAUUUAUAAUACAAGAAAUGACGAUUCUGAAAAAGAAGCUGAUGACCAGAAUAAGGGAUAGGAAGAUGACCUGUUUGCUUGAAGAGCGAGACCAGAGAGCAAGGAGCGGAGUAACUUGAUCCUUGAGGGUGCCUUUGGCUUAAGGGGGAAGCUGACUCUUCCGGAGAAUCCUGGAGCCGACAACAAAGGAACUCAGCACCCAGCUAACUUCCAGGAAGAAGCUUCCUUUCCUCCCCCUGCUUUUCCCCUUUCCCCUCCUUUCUCUCUCUGCAGCCAUCAGAAAUAAACUCUGGCUCAUUUCAUCUGAAAUAUGCUUUAUUCCAAGGAGAGUAAUAGCUCAGAGAAUCUCUGAAAAAAUCUCUAGAAAAAUCUCUAGAAAAGACAAGGAAACAGAUUAUCCCCUAGAGCCUCCAGAAGGGACUCUUGCCCUAUUUCCAGCACGGGUGUACCCAACAUGGUUCUCACUGGAAUUACAGCAAAUUGGAAGACAGUGGUGGUGACACAGGGUGAAGAACUACUUUUCAGAGGGUGAAACACAAGACUGGCUUUUAGGAAUUUUACCCCAAAGUAAUUUGUGACUGCAUCCUGUUGCCGAAACUUGGCCUCUGUUCACCGGUGCCGAAGAGGAACGCGGAGACAGAGUUUUGGGUGAAGUAGAAAAGAGUAGCUUUUAUUGCUUUGCCAGGCAGAGGGGGCCACGGCGGGCUAAUGCCCUCAAGACUGUGUGACCCACCCUGGAGGGCGUAGUGAGGAGUCUUACAGCGUCCGAGGAGCAGGGCGUGAUCCGCUCGCGGACAGUUCUCAGACUGGCUGGCAUCAAGGGGACGUUUCAAGCGUCAUCAACUUUCUGGUUUCAGCCAGUCCAGGGUCUAUGUGCUUGUGGGCAGCACUUUCCAUCUGGAGGGGGUCUGCUCCCUGUAAAACCACUUAGGAGUGUGUGUCAGGCCUUUAUCUGUAGCUUCAGUGAACUGGAAGUUCGGUGAUUCUGCCAUGUGGCGGAUUUAGAGUCUAAAUUGUUGCCCGUUCCCCAGCCCAACAGCUGUUCUUUGUUUCUACACCUUCACAUUCCCUAAUCAUUAAGUCUUUACUUCAAAAGACAAGGACACGGGGGCUCGUACACGGUUUCAACCCUGACCAGGUCUGAGACUUACACGAUGCAUAUGCUGUUGUUUUCAUAAACGUUAACGUCCAUAAAAUGAAGUUCUUAAAAGCAUUAUUUGAGUUCUCCAUUGAUUACUGGUUAUAUCAUCAAUACCUUCCAGCCCUGGCAGCACAGGGAGGAAGGAAGAAUUGCUGGGAUGCUUGCAUCACCACAGGGCAAGAGGUCCUCAAAGUUUACUGCUUUAUCUUUAAGUAAUACUUCAUAGUUCGGCUGACUUUUCAUCCAUUCUGCUGAUUCUGCCGAUUCUGCCAGUGAGUUCCUCUGUAGUGACAGCCAAAGGCACUUACGGAGAAUACUUAAACAACCAAGUGUAAAAGCAGAAGUCGAGGUCACUUCAUCUACUACGGAAGUGGGGCAUGUGUCUACCUCAGGCCUGAGUCUUUUGAUGGGUCUUUUGGUAACUGGUGGCGGCGGUGGUGACAAGGUUUGAGUUGUUUUAUUUUUUAUCUUUAUUAUUUAUUUUUUUGGCCACGCCGGCGGGGCCUGCGGGAUCUUAGUUCCCCGACCACGGAUCGAACCCGUGCCCCCUGCAGUGGAAGCUCGCAGUCUAAACCCUGGACCGCCAGGGAAGUCCUGGUGUAUUGUAUUCUCCCUUCAGGAGGGCUGGACUCUGCAGGUUCUCUCUUGUGGUUUGUAUGGAGGUAUGUCCCUCUGCUACUGGCUGAACUGGUGGGUGAGAUUCCCCUUGGAUCCCCUGGGGAAAGGUGCAAGAUCUGGAAACCCUCACUGCGGCGCCCUUGUUCGUUAUGGAUGUCCAAUUUGUUGAUUGAAGAGGGGGAUUAAAAAGGAGGAAUAUCUUAUGCUGCCACAUGCUGAUGUCACUUUCCAACUUGUAUUCUAAGUAAGAAGAAUGAUGAAGGAAUAUACAAGGUACCUUAAAAAACAUAAAAGAAGGAUAUUUGGAAUAUUCUUGAAGGUUAGGGGCCAAUUCCCAGAAGCAAUGAUAACUAAAGACAGGUUACACUGACCUAGCCUGGUGAAGAUCUCUGGAGACCAUGACCAAGAAAAGAAUUGCUGUGAUUGGGGGAGGAGUGAGUGGGCUCACGUCUAUCAAGUGCUGCCUGGAAGAAGGCUUGGAGCCUGUCUGCUUUGAAGGGACUGAUGACAUCGGAGGGCUGUGGAGGUUUCAGGAAGAACCUGAAGAAGGAAGGGCCAGUAUUUACAAGUCAGUGAUCAUCAACACUUCUAAGGAGAUGAUGUGCUUCAGUGACUAUCCCAUCCCAGAUCACUAUCCUAACUUCAUGCACAACUCCCAGGUCCUGGAGUAUUUCAGGAUGUAUGCCAAUGAAUUUGACCUUCUACAGUACAUUCGAUUUAAGACCACCGUGUGCUGUGUGAAGAAGCAGCCUGAUUUCUCCACUUCAGGCCAAUGGGAGGUGCUCACGGAAUCUGAAGGGAAAAAGGAGGUGAAUGUCUUCGAUGGAGUUAUGAUUUGCACUGGCCAUCACACCAAUGCUCACUUACCCUUGGAAAGCUUCCCUGGAAUUGAGAAGUUCAAAGGACAAUACUUUCAUAGUCGAGAUUAUAAGAAUCCAGAGAGUUUCACUGGAAAGAGAGUCAUUAUAAUUGGCCUUGGGAAUUCUGGAAGCGAUCUGGCUGUGGAAAUUAGCCACACAGCCAAGCAGGUUUUCCUCAGCACCAGAAGAGGGGCUUGGAUCUUCAAUCGUGUUGGAAACUAUGGAUAUCCUUUUGAUGUGCUGUUGACUUCUCGAUUUCAAUAUUUUAUGAGGAAGAUUUGUGGUCAAUCAUUAGCAAAUACAUUUUUGGAAAAAAAGAUGAACCAAAGGUUUGAUCAUGAAAUGUUUGGCCUGAAGCCUAAACACAGAGCUCUGAGUCAGCAACCAACCAUAAAUGAUGAUCUGCCAAACUGUAUAAUUUCUGGCUUGGUGAAGGUGAAAACAAACGUGAAGGAAUUCACAGAGACAGCGGCCAUAUUUGAGGAUGGCUCCAGGGAGGAUGACAUUGAUGCUGUUAUCUUUGCUACAGGCUAUAGCUUUGCCUUUCCUUUUGUUGAAGAUUGUGUCAAAGUAGUCAAAAACAAGAUAUCUCUGUAUAAAAAGGUCUUUCCUCCUAACCUAGAAAAGCCGACUCUUGCAAUUAUAGGCUUGAUCCAGCCCUUGGGUGCCAUUAUGCCCAUUUCAGAGCUCCAAGGACGCUGGGUCACUCAAGUAUUUAAAGGGUUAAAGACAUUGCCUUCACAAAAUGAAAUGAUAAAAGAAAUAGCUAAGGUUCAAGAGGAUAUGGCCAAAAGGUAUGUGGACAGCCAACGCCAUACCAUUCAGGGAGACUAUAUAGAUACCAUGGAUGAGCUUGCUGAUCUGGUGGGCGUCAGGCCCAAUCUGCUGUCCUUGGCAUUCACUGACCCCAAAUUGGCAUUACAGUUAUUUUGGGGACCCUGUACUCCAAUCCAGUAUCGGCUACAGGGCCCUGGAAAGUGGGAUGGAGCUCGAAAAGCUAUCCUCACCACAGAAGAUCGUAUCAGGAAGCCGCUAAUGACAAGAGUAAUUGAAAGCAACAAUUCCACAACUUCAACAAUAACAAUGGCCAGGUUUAUGCUGGCUGUGGCUUUCUUUGCUAUAAUUAUGACCUAUUUUUAGCUGUUCCAUUGUCAUUGUCCCAGUUUUCUUUGAAAGCUGGAUCUGGAGAUGCCUUCAGAACCUGACAAGAUUGAACAACUCUCAGCUUCACAUUGCCCAGAAAUCUACUUUUAUUUCUCUUUCCAAAGCAUUAAUCCUUUUUCCUCUUUUCCCUACAGUGAAAUCCCACCUUUUCAUUUGUACUGACUUACGCCCUUACUCUUAGGACCCAUCACUUUUUCCUUUCAGUCAUUCCUGGACUGUGAGCUCAGAUACUCUUUUAGUCAUCUUUGUUUGUCCUUAGCAGAGUACCUGACAUGUGGUAGGUGCUUUCUUUUCUUUUUUUACAUCUUUAUUGGAGUAUAAAUGCUUUACAAUAUUGUGUU